AUGCCGCUCAGGACUCUGAACAACCCCUCUCACCUCAUACGUACGAUUCCCACAUUGGACGGAAAUUUGGUAACGUUCGCAGCCUGGUGCUCUUGGCUUUUGGACGUUUUAUCGAUCAUGAAUGUUCUGGAUAUUGUUGACAAGUCACUCCUUCGCCCCUCCAAUACUAAAGAAAGCAAGUCGUCCGGUCGCUCCCCAGAUCAAAAGGGCUACAAUCCGGAGGAUUUUGGUUUGGACUGGGAUGCCUUGUCAGAUCUCGCUUGGUCAACAAUCAAGUUGACACUCUCUGUUGACCUCACAAUACGCUAUGGUGAAGUUAAACCGGCAUCGAAACUGUUCUCAACGAUUGUUGAUGCUUAUGAGAAGAACACCCGAGCGUGUUGGGUACAACUUGAGGAUAAUUUUUGGCUAGCUCGCCAUGACCCCAAUAUGCCAAUUGCAAAAUGGAUCGCUAGGAUCAGAAAGGCAGCAUCUGACUCAAACACUGCAAAAAUAGCACCGGCCAACCAACAGGUAUGCGAUCGGCUCUUGCAAGGUCUUGACAACUCGUGGAAAACAAUUUGUGAUCACUUAGUCUACUCCCCAAAAGAAGUAAGCCUUGAUGAUGCAAUCGGGGCACUUGAAGAGCACAAGCUGUCUACUACAGCGCCUAUGGACCAUCUUGGACACAAAGGCAAAACUUUGGCAUCCGUUGCAAAGACCAAGCGUAUGGGCUGUUACAACUGCGGUGAGAAAGGACACCAUUUGCCGAGAUGCUCAAAACCAGCGAAGAAGAACAAAUCAUUGACUCAAGCAAAUCAAGUUACGACUUGUGCUGGUGCUACGACGGCAGUCCCUCCUGGGUGUUACGGUUCUGAACGACAGAAAAGUGAUGACAACAAUAGCUUCAACAAUGAAAUUGAUGUUGUGUGGGGAUAG